GCCAGGGAAAUUUUGAAACCAAGUGCCGUGCUUUUUGAUCCAAUGCAUAUUUUCUGGGCAUCAGGUGUGGCAGCUUGGGAGGUUGUCAACUUGAUGUCAGUACUUGCGACCAAGUGCAAUUUUACUUGUGAAGAUCUAGCCGGAAAAAUUCAGGGCACCCCUUGGUGUAGUAGUACGCGAAAAGGGCAGUCCUGGCGAAAGAAUUUGGCUGAUGCACAAAAGUUCUCUGGUGAUGCUUACCGUGGCUCAGCCAGUGAUUUGAGAAUGCUCAUUCCUUUGAUGCUUUAUCACAUCAUGGAGUCAAUCGACGACACUGAGCCUGUUCAGGCUGAGCUUCAAUCCUUUUAUGCCCUGGUUAAGCUUCUGGAGAUUUUGGCCAGCUUUCAAUGUGGGAUCUCGAAAGUCAAAUGCCAACAACUUCUGAAGCAAACCGAAACCUACUUGGAGCUUUACCUUUUGGCCUAUGAAAACUGCAAGCCAAAGCACCAUUACCAAUUGCACCUGUGUGACAUGAUCUGGCGUACUCAACUUUGUGUGGACUGCUUCCCACAAGAGGCAAAACACAGGACGUAUAAGUAUCAACUUCAAAACAGGCUGGAUGGGAUGCUACAUGAUCCAUUCCUGUUUUCAGAAGGCGUCUUGACGCGUCUUUUGAACAGCCACUGCCGCCUUUUCGACAAGCCGUGCUUGCCUGGUGACCUCACACCUCCAGUAUCUGAAAGUCAGAAGCUUGUAGAUGGUUCGAUGGUGUCUGUGCUAGAAGGCGCCGCUUUAGAUCUGGAAGCAGGCCGUGUCUACAAAGAUGAUUUUGUGAUAAGCCCGCGUGGCAGCGGUUUGGUACGAGCUUGUUUGAGAUUUCGCGAUCGCGCUUGGGUGCACAUCGACCUCUACGAUAGAGUUGAGAGCUGGGCUUGCAACAACGUGACCUUGUGGCGCCCAAAGGGCGACACGAAACUGGAUUCCGGAACGCCGAAGAGCUGCGAGGACCGCGACAAACGGAUCCACCCUCCUUUCAUCGCGGACCCGCAGUGCCCGAACGCUCCAUGGCGGCGCGCUCUGGUCAAGCAGUACCCCAUUUCGUGCAAGUCCUCAGCGUACGCCCGACGCUGGUUCUUCCGGUCCUUGGACUUGCUUCCUUUGCGUUUUCCUUUUCCACCCAUCCUUCCCAGCUCCGCGCCGCGGCCCUGA